UUGGAUUAAUUAAAUCAUCAUUUCAUUUCAUUUAUAUAGGCAUUCUGUUCUGAAUUCUGAUUCUCCGCUGAUUCAAUCACUUGUUACAUAUAUGGCUGCGCUUGGGAUGCAAAUGAAAAGAGUUAGAAAGGAUGGUGGUAGAAGAAGUGCUAAGAAGGGCAUCAAGGUUGUGUAUAUUUCGAGUCCUGUGAAGGUGAAGACUUGUGCCUCCAACUUUAGAGCUUUGGUGCAGGAGCUCACGGGAAAAGAUUCUGAUGCGGCCUACAGACUGAUGGACAUGGACAUGGACGCCAAUUAUGAUGGUCGUAUGGCGGCGGAAGAUGGCGGUGAAAUGGUGGUCGCCCCCUUGCAGGCUAAUAACUAUCCAUCGAGUAGUGCUACUGCUCAUGAGUCGUCGCCUACCUGUUCGGAUUCUGUGUUUGAUGAUGCCCUUUAUACGGACGGGAGUUUUCUGGGGAUGUUUGCUUCAAAUAAUUAUUUUUUGCAAGAAUCGUCUCCGCUGGAUGUGCUUACAAGCUUUGAUGCGGUUUAAUUAAUUAGUCUUUGACUAUCGUGACUCUAUGCACAGCACAUGUUUUCUAUACACAGAUCUAUAGCCAUAUGAGGGGGCCUUGAUUGUAAUAUUGCUUUAGUGUUGCAAUUCGGUAUAUAGUCUAUAUAGUAAAAUCAGGCCCUGGUUUAUAUAUGUUCUUUUUGUUAUUUGAUUUUAUUUAUUAAUAAAGUAAAUUUGAUACA